AUGGCGUCCGACGCAGCCAACCUCACCGAAUCCGGCAUAACCAUCCCCUCGGAUAGCGAAAACUACGACGCAAACAACGAACUUAGCUCUUCCUCCCCAGCAUCCUCAAGUUCCACUCCUUUGAUUCUGUACAAGCCCCCCACAAUCUGGGGCCUACUCCGUGGCGCAGCAAUAAACCUCUUCCUGCCGUUUGUCAACGGAUUGAUGUUGGGCUUUGGAGAGCUAGUCGCGAACGAAGCUGCAUAUCGGUUGGGGUGGAGUGGUACAAAGAUAUUCCCGUCGCACCGCUCCGGAUCCGAUUCUCGACGCGUGGGUCCUGGUGUGGAAAUGCGUGCUGAUCCCGUGGAGCGAAGGCGGAGGAAUGGACAGGAAUUGGACAUGUACACGUCUCUCGAGUAG